AUGUCAUCAGAGCAGCAGGUGUGGCACACGGCUGUGCCACCGCCCGGCCAGAGCAGCUCGGCGAGCAGCCCCCGGUCCCCUAGCUCGGUGGGCAGCCCCCGGUCACUGAGCACCCCUGGCUCGGAGAAGGUGGCAUCCCCGCUGGAGUGCUCCAUCUGCUUCUCGGGAUACGACAACAUCUUCAAGACCCCCAAGGAGCUUUCCUGCACCCACGUCUUCUGCCUGGAGUGCCUGGCCCGGUUGGCGGCCGCCCAGCCAACAGGCAGCUCAGGCGGCGAGGCUGUGCCCUGCCCAUUCUGCCGGCAUCCCACAGCCGUGCCAGCCGCCGGGGCCCCCGCGCUGCGCACCAGCCGCCAGCUGCAGGCCCGGAUGCCGGCGCACCUGCGGCAGGAGGAGCAGGUGUGGCUGGAGGGCACCAAGCUGUGCUGCCGCCCGCUGCUCGCCACGCCUGGCCACGCGGCGCCUGACUUUCUGUGCGUGGACGUGGGCCUGAGCAAGCCCGCUGAGCCCGCUGCGCCCGUGCCAGCCCUGGGCCCUGCCCGCCACCGGGGCCGCCUGGCCCGCUGCUGGGCCCGCUGUGGGGACUGGAGGCGCCUGGCGCUCAUCUCGGCCCUGCUGCUGCUGCUCUUCUGCGUGGUGCUGUGGCCCGUGCAGUGUGCGCUCAGGACUGGGAACCUGCACUGCCUCCCCCGGACCCCCGCGGCCACCACCGCCUCCAUGCUCCCUUCUCCCUCAGGCCUCUGA